CGCAUCGUUGUACCGCAGUUGGGACUGUUCUUUGUAGUGUUUCCAAGGGUAUUUCUCUUGGGGAAGGAACCAUUGGAGCACCGUCGUUGACGCAAUCUUGGCUGAUGGCUCACUGCACCAAUGAAUCUGCGGCUACGAAUCGACGAAAAUCGAGCACCACCCAAUUACCCCCGCCCAGUGCACCACGACCAAGUGAGUCAUGGAAGGGCUGGCACUUUCUAAUGGUCGCCAUAGUUACUUCAAUCGUCACUGCUUUUGUCGUCGCCCUCACCUACACUAUUUGGAUUGAGAACCGCCACAGGAAACCUCCUGUCCGUACGAAAGUAUGCAACAGCCUUGCGUGCAGAAGAUACUCUGGCAUGAUAAUCACCAGGCUAGAUAAAGGUGCCGAUCCGUGCAGGAACUUCUACGAAUUCGUCUGCGGAAGAAACGUUAUGGAGAAAAGAAGAGGCGUCUAUAGUGAUCACAUAUAUGCGUUUAUAAAGCGUUCAGCACAAUUAUUAAGCAUGACGCUUGUGCCAAGCCGCCAACAAACGGCUGCGCAGAAGGCGGCUGGGUUUUACCAGACUUGUGAGGAUAUUACAUUAGGCAACAUGAAUGAGAUUAUACAUUUUAAGAAUAUUUUGAAGAGUGCCGGACUGGAGUGGCCACAUAUAUCGCAACAACAUGAUGUAUUUAAUAGCCUGAUAGCUAUACACAGGGCUUUGGGAAUUACAACUUUGCUUGUGAUCCAGACAGAACCUACUGAAAAUGAUGUGUAUUUGAUGCCGGAGCCGUGGUUGUUCGCCUACCAUGAUCAGAGGAAUUUUAAAAGGCAAACCCGAACUUGGGAAAGCUACUACAAUACAGUUCGAUCAGAAUUUCUUGGCAGUAGUAAUGAUUCGUUCCUUUCGUUUGCGGAGUUCACGAGAAUUGAAGAGAUUAUCCUGGGAACCCUCCUGACAGUGUUAGUCCCUGGCAGAUUUGAGGCCCUGUCGCUUUUGAAUAGUACUCAAGAACUUUCAAGCCUAACACGAGGAAUCUCACCUCAGCAUUGGAAUCACAUUUUAUAUGGUCUCAUGGGGCUGUCAAAUGCCAAACCUGUUCGAAGUCAUGUUAGCCUUCGCUAUAUCCAAGCAUUCAGCAAUUUGUUUAUCAGCGUAGGGGAACAAAACUUAGUGUAUGUAACGGGAUGGCUUGUAGUGCAGCGGAUUGCAUACUACAUCAGCAGUGAUAUAGCUGCCGCAUGGUACGGAUCACGCAAAGCGGCGAUUCAAGACACUGCCCUGCGUUGCAUCAAGUUGACGGAACAUUACAUGGGCUGGGCCACGUUCCUUCCCAUUGUUGACCGGAUAUUUACUCGUGAUAUCAUGGAAGAAAUACAUACCAUCAUGCGUCACUUGCUAGAUGCACUGCGACCAAAGCUUGAAGGAAACCUUCUGACGACCCUUAGUAAAGAAGCGGUGCGUCUUGGAGCCGCUAUGAACUCAUCCAUGAAACUUCUAGAAAUGAAACCAGCGACGAUCGAGAGUCACUACGCCAAAAUUGCCGACAUGGAAAAUUUUGUUUCGACGAAUUGGUUGAACGCGGUAGCAUCGCUACGAGCAGCAGACGAGGCUGUGCUAAUGACAGUCGUCGCGAUAGGCGUCAGCUAUGAACUGUACUUUGCAGGGACAAUGCUUCCUCUUUUUCCGUAUGCAGCAACCCUGCCGCUCUACGACUAUAACAUAAGCAAGUCCGUGAAGUACGGCGGACUAGGAUCUGUGCUUGCACGAGCAUUGUUUGCAUUGACGGGAGAGAACUUAAACGCAAAUGGGCAGCGUAAGCUUGAUUGUUACAUAUUGGAAUCUAGAUUGCCAAACUCUACAGCACCAGGCUUAAGGAAAUGGAAAGCUCUACGGUGGGCGUCUUUAGAUGUGCUGUGGAACGCAUUCCAAGCUGCGACAGAGGAAAAGGAACGCGACCCCCCAGGGGGUCUCGCGGACUUCACUUUAGAGCAGCUGUUCUUCAUUGCGUUUUGUUAUAUUCGGUGUGAUCAACGUGACGCACUUGCUGAGUAUGAUUGCAACGAACCACUACGCAGAAACGUGCACUUCAGUGAAGCUUUCAAGUGUCCAGCAGGAAGUGCUAUGAACUACGAAGAUAACUGUGGAUUCCUCUGACUGUGUAUCCGUUCUGUGCGCGCUUUUUAUUGUCCUGCGCGAAUACUGUAUUUAUAUUCCUAAUUCCAGUCUCCUAUAUAUUGACUGCAAAGAUGCCGGUGCGGAACACACUGAACGUUUGUGACGAGUUCAUUUGAAUGAGGUCAUCGUCUCUUGCUGUCGGGAACAUUCGAGGCAUAUUAAUGGCGUCUUGUGCACUGUUUUCAGUACAUGACUCUUGGCCGUGCUCAAAUUGUUGUGCUGUGUGUGAUACGCCAACGCGUAGUGGACCUUUGUGGCGCAUAGCAGAGGCUUU